CCGCGACGGCUACCGCAUCAUGGAGCGCGACCUGCUCUUCCUCGCCGCCCACGUCUACUUCACCAUCAACGCCACGGGCGAGGCGGGCCCGCGGUGCCACCACGAGAGCCUGGAGUUCACGAACCACUUGCGGGCGCUAACAGGACGACUGGAGAACAUCAUGUGCAGUCUGAGGAUGCUGGGGAACAAUCUCUUCCACAGUGAACACGUGCUGGAGGAGGUGUUGUCCCUUCGCCUCCAAAAGGAGCCCUCCUGCGGGGGGCGCGCCGUCUGGAGUUGCAUCCUCAUCAACCGCGUGAGCCAGUCCUUGUCCCUCCUCCAACAGCUCCUUCGUGUCGACAGCUCAGUCAGCACCGACAAUGACCUGGCAGUGCUGGCGCCUCAGAAGAAGAGAAAUCCACUCAAGCAGAAGAAAGCUCCGGCCUAUACCGGCGGAGGUCUUCCGUCGCAGCAGGCGAGACCCGACCUUCCUCCCCCGCCGAACACCUUCCCGUCGACCAAGGAGAAGCACCCAGGGAAGCACAGCCGACACGCCCAUAGGAGGCACUUUCGGAAGUCGGACAUGACCUCUUCCUUCAUCUCGUGUAUGAGGCACCGCUUCUCGCCGCAGAGGGCAGGCCCCUCGCUGCCCAGGAGCCGCUUCUCCCACACCUUCCCCCUCCGACGGCGCGCGGACCGCCUUCCUCUGGACGACUCAUACAACUUCACUCCAUCACCACUGAGCAUGUUCAGGCCUCACAAGGACAAGUCGUCGAGCUUCCUGGACUCUCUUCGCCUCUGCCUCUCGGACGACUACCCGGGCGACGAGGACGCCUGGGAGGAAGCCGGCGCCCUGAGUGACUUGGAGCAAUCUCGCGCCAAGGGCAUGUGGGCUUAGGAGGACGUCGGUCUGCGUUUAGGUCAGGAACUCAUGGAAUUCUCACCCGAAAAAGGGAAGCGCUAACGUGGCUCGCCAUGUUUGAAUAUUCCUUUUCCUUCCCUUCUUUCAUUCCGUCUUGAUUUUACGGGAUGGAAGAGAGGCUAGUCAAAGACUAUAUAUAUAUAUAUAUAUAUAAUAUAUAUAUAUAUAUAUAUAUAUAUAUAUAUAUAUAUAUAUAUAUAUGAAUGUAUAUAUGGUCACUGACGCACAGUGACCAUUCUUGUCAUAGACAUUUUAUGCGCAUUUUAUUGCAUCUUUUGGUUACAUUCAUGAUUCCGCUGCUGCGCUCAUUUUGUCGGUCAUAAUUCCCUUGGUUACUAGAUUAAUCGAUAAAUUGAUUGGUUCAUGGAAAAUAACCUUUCCAAUCAGACUUCAUUUCUACAAUCAGUCUAGAUGACUGUUAUUCCUAUUAAGCAGUGCCAGUGCCAUAUACCUAUUAUCAGCGAAAGCACAAACGUAAAACGCGAAGGCGAUGAAGGCAACACAUAUGGAAUGGAAAAUAAAUGAUAGUAAAGC